UGUGGGCCGAAGGGCCUGUACUGUGCUGUAGUGUUUUAUGUUCAAAUAUCAUCUAUUGAAGUUUACUCCUUGAGCAUUUAAUCUAGGCUAUUUACAAUGUAAUUUGGAAGAUCCACUGGAUUGUUAGAUAAUGCAAAUGCUUUAUUUGAAAGUCGCAAUAGAAUUAAGAUCUCAGUCUGCAUUUUAUUUUCUGAUCUCUGCAAUGCAUUUCUUAUUCACUCUUUUGAGGCGAGCCACUUUCUUAGACCACUGCAGUCUGUGUGAGGUAGGCAUUCUUAAUAGCGCCAAUAGGUAAAGAGCCCUCUAUUUUUGACUGAGCAAUAACUAAGAGGUAGAAAUAAAUUUUCAAGUCAAAUUAAAACAAAACUUCUGAGUUUUGAUGGAGGUAAGGUUAUUGAAGCAGCUAAAGCUGAACACUAUCCUGAGGAAAUGAGGAUUCUGGUGCUGAGAUGAUUGGCCUCCAACAACCACAAGCAUCUAUUUUCCUACAAGGUAGGAAUCCACAGAGUGGAGAGCUUCUCCACAUAUUCAUGAUAACUUUCAUUUGGGUUCUUUGGUGCCACAUUCAACAGUGCCUUAGUGUCACCCAAUCCUCUGGGAUUCAGUGGUUUUUUAUGUUUAUAUCAAGGCUGUAAUGAGAUCAGAUCUUUGCAGACAAUAAUCUGCUAACUUGUAAGCAAAUGACUGUGGCUAGGUGGUAUUAUUGAUGACAUCUUCAAUUACUUUGCUGAUUGAGACGAGGUUGAUGGGCCAGUGAUUAGAUUUGUCCUGUGUUUUCCUGACAGAGUAUACAUGAGCAAUUUCUCACUUUGUGAGUGGAUGCCUGCAUUGUUGCUGGAACACAUUGAUGAGAAGCAUGACUUGUUCUGGAGUGUAGUACAGUCAAAAGAUUUCAAGGGCCAUGGCUUUUUUUGCAUCUAGGUGGUCAGCCAUCUAGAUACAUGGGGUAAGUCAAAUUAGCAUCAGUAAUGGAGGUGACUUAAGCUGGUUGCUGAGACUGAUCUUUCACUGGUCCCUUCAGGGUGAAAAUGUAAAUAUUCCAGCCUCAUCUCACCUGCCAUUAUUGAGGAUGGGGAUAUUCUUUGGAUCUGUUUCUCAAUUUAACUGUUUAAUUAUUCAUGACCAUUCAUGGUGAGGUGUGCUAACACUGCUGAACUUUGAUUUGGUCCAUUAGUUGUGUGAUCACUUAGUCCGUUGCAUACCACAGCCACUGACUAGCAUGAAUAUAGUUCUAUGUUGUAGCUUUGCCAGUUAGCACCUUGUUUUUAGCUAUGCCUGUUGCUGCAUAUGGAAAGUCCCUCGACUUCCUCAUUGAAGCAGGGUAGGUUCUCUGGCUUAACUGUAAUGGUACAGUGAGUGAUACAACAGUCAGGGUGGAACAUAAUCCUGCUCCUAGUUCAAAAAAGUGCAGUAUUUACCAGCAACAGCUAUAUGUUGUGAUUAAUCUAAAAACAAUGUAAUACUGUACAUUCCAGGUAUGCAGGUAAUGAUGGUUUGAUUCAGAUUUGUGAGACUGACACCUUUGAUUUAUGCAUGAUCUCAUCACCAAGUAGAUGAAUUCACAUGGGCUCUAUUCAAGGAAGCAGUUGAGAUGUUUAUGCAAAUCAAGCUUCCUCAAGUAUGUUUAAGCUAGCUGGUUGAAGUACCAACACAACUUCUGAAAACAGGAGAGACAAAACAAGUUGUCAAAAUGGAAAACAAGGCAACUAAUUUGAAGAAUGACUAUGAAAAUAACGGCUACCUUACAGGAAUCCAGGUCCUGAACAAAAAUGAAUUGGCAGAGGCUGUUCAGAACUAUUCAGCUUUAGAGCAGAAAUUUGGUAAAGUACAUGUCCAGUACAACCUUCACAAUUUACAUUUGGAGUACACAUGGGUGAUGGAUUUAGCUACACAUCCUCGGGUGCUCCAAACCAUCACUGCUGCUUUGGGUCCUAACAUCAUUCUUCUUGACUCUCGGUUUAUCUGUAAGUAUCCAGCCUUGGAUGUCCCUCAUGAAAAUAAUGUUGCCCCAUUUGUUGCCUGGCAUCAGGACAUCAGGUAUUGGGGGUUUGAAGGAGGUUCUGUGGCAUCUGUAUGGUUGGCCCUUGACGAUGUUGACCAGGAAAAUGGAGUCCUGCAAGUUAUUCCAGGAAGCCACAAGCAAGGGUUACUAGAACAUCGAACAAGUGCAGUUGCUGGGAAUAUGUUGACAUCCAAUCAGGAAAUUCCUGAGCACUUGAUUGAAGGAGAGAAGGCUAUUCCAUGUCCUCUCAAAGCAGGAGAAAUGUCGGUCCACGAUGGUUUGACGGUUCACUUCGGUGAACCCAACUUUUCAAACAGACGUAGGUGUGGCUUUGUGAUCCGUUAUGUCCCCACCACUGCUUAUCCUGUUGACGAUCCAGACAGGCCUCGUUCUUUCCCUGCCACAGUACUGGUAGCAGGAGAAGACAAGUUCAAACACUUUAAAGACCAUGCACCAAGUACCUUUACCAAAACAUUUUGAAAAUGUUACAGCAUUGUCAAGUGAUUACUGUUUAAAUUUUGUAACUAUUCAAACAUUUGCUGUAAAUCUAUUUGUUGUCUCUCAACUGGAGAAUCAUUAAUAUUUAUGGAUAAGAGUUAAGAAUUGAAGUCUUGUUAUUGAUAUACGAAGUUGUG